GGUGGAAUGCCCCUCAAGAGGCAAGGCUUAUUCGAAGCCUCAAAUUCAGAAAUGCCGGCCAGACCUUGGAAGAGUGUGAAGAUGGAAGGAGAGGUCGCGGAACCAGUGUUGCGAUAGUUGUGGUUGUCUGAGGGAAGCCAGUUCUGGGGACCGGUAGUGGAAAGCUCUUGCGCUGUUUCCGGCCACCUCAGCGGGAAGCGGAGACGCCAGCAGCUGCCUCUCGGUGACUGAGACAGGGUCUGUUGUCGCGGCGGAGGAAGUGAGGACGAAGCCAACGGCCUUCCGGGCCAGUGUUGGGUCCCUGUAGUUUGUGAAGAUGGUGUUGCUAACAAUGAUCGCCCGAGUGGCGGACGGGCUCCCGCUGGCAGCGUCGAUGCAGGAGGACGAACAGUCUGGCCGGGACCUUCAACAGUAUCAGAGUCAGGCUAAGCAACUCUUUCGAAAGUUGAAUGAACAGUCCCCUACCAGAUGUACCUUGGAAGCAGGAGCCAUGACUUUUCACUACAUUAUUGAGCAGGGGGUGUGUUAUUUGGUUUUAUGUGAAGCUGCCUUCCCUAAGAAGCUGGCUUUUGCCUACCUAGAAGAUUUGCACUCAGAAUUUGAUGAACAGCAUGGGAAGAAGGUGCCCACUGUGUCCCGACCCUAUUCUUUUAUUGAAUUUGAUACCUUCAUUCAGAAAACCAAGAAGCUCUACAUUGACAGUCGUGCUCGAAGAAACCUAGGCUCCAUCAACACUGAAUUGCAAGAUGUGCAGAGGAUCAUGGUGGCCAAUAUUGAAGAAGUGCUACAACGAGGAGAAGCACUCUCAGCAUUGGAUUCAAAGGCUAACAAUUUGUCCAGUCUGUCCAAGAAAUACCGCCAGGAUGCGAAGUACUUGAACAUGCGUUCCACUUAUGCCAAACUUGCAGCAGUAGCUGUAUUUUUCAUCAUGUUAAUAGUGUAUGUGCGAUUCUGGUGGCUGUGAAAUAAUGAAUACAGUCACUGGUAAGGGAGAACCUAGAACCCAGUAGGUGUAUAUUUUCAGGAAGCUGAGCUCACAGAGAUGUGUAUUAGAAUCCAAGCAGAACUUCUGCCUCUAAAGACCUUGCAAGAAAAGACGUGUCCUGAAAAUGAAAGGUUACACCUCAUUAAAUGAAGCUUAACCCUAUGUAGAAUGUCUCUUUCGGGGCAGAGGCUUUCUCUGGGUGCUAAGCCAUGUAUGUUAGGGAACAGUAGAUUGUUACUUUGUUUUUUCCCUCCCAGUACAUUUUAGAAAUGGCACUGACUGGGGUAUUCUCAUUCUCUAAUGGAGCCAUCAAUGAGAUUUAAUUUAGCCAACCCGUGCUAGCAACAUUCUGAAAUUCCUUCAAAGAAGGCAGUCCUUUUGGAAAGGUUUUUUUGUUUGUUUGUUUGUUUUUUGUUUUUUGACUCUAAUCAACAUUCCUUUUGUUGGUGACAUUUGUAAUUUUGAGUAAUAUGAGUUUUUGAUGGCCUUUUAAACAAGACUCCAGUAUAUGAAGGUUAAUUGCUGUGCUCUACAGACCUUGUCAAUUGGCCCCUAUAGAAAGUUAACCUUUGUUGUGUUCCCUUUAUAAAUUGCUUAUUGCACAAUUGCUUUAGGGUUAAAUGAAUUAUAUUAAGAUGGCUUGAAAUUAUAGCACUCCUUGAUUAAGAAGGUAAAAUGUUUCUCUCAUUUACUCCUUAAACAAAAGACUAAAAUUAGUUUGGGACAUUGUUAAUUUUAUUUUGAAGCAUUUGAUUUGUAUUAGUAUAAGAGCAAGUAUAGCAUAUGCUUAAAUGAGGCCCUUGGCUUCAUGAGAAGAAAGGAAGACCCAGGUUAUAAUUACAGCUUUCUCCUGCCCCUUCUUUGCUUUCUCUACCAUGAUUUUCUCCACUGUUUAUGUUCCCCCUCCCACAAUUUGCUAACAUUUAAAAAUUUUCUGCACCCAGUAGUUUCAUGUCCUGUAGACAUCCUCUUAGGACAUUCUCAAAUUUCAAAAUAAAAGAUAUUAAUCUACAUAGCUAAUUAAAGUUUUUGCAGUACUCAAACUACUAAAUACAUUUACCUGAGAAAAAGUCUCUGAGAGCACCUCAUUCCUGUUUUAGUUCAUGUAAAUUCUCUGAGAAUGUUCUAGAGAUAGAUAAGUCAUUUAUAGUAGUUUCUAUUAACUAAUUAAUGUACCCAUGCUUUUUUCCUUUUCUGCUCAGGGAUGAUGAGGAUUUCCUUUUACCUUCUGAGGUAGAAUUUUUUAAUGAGGAUGGGCCUUUUAAAUAUUAUCGCAAGGGUCUACAAUAUAACUUAAAACUCCUAUCCAUACUGCAAAUAUUUCUUUAAAUUGUAUGGGAAAACGAGCCAACUUAUUUCUUAAUAUCUUUGGUGAGAACUUUAACCAGUAAGCAAUUUUAUAACCCUGAGGGAUCAUCAAUGAUACUAUCCUGAUUCCUGUUAAGGAAAAAAAUAUUUUUCCUUAUAACAAGGCAAGGAGAAAUGCUGUUUUAUUCCUGAUAAUUUAUAGAACUACAAAAAUUUUUUCCCUUUCUUUUAUGGACCUAAAUCUGCCAAUUGGGAAUUUUGUGCAUGAAAUAUGAAGUUACUUUUUAUGGAUAAUCAAUGCUUUUAAGUCCCCAAAAGGCUCCUCCCUAGGUAAUGAUGAUGUUGAUAAUAAAAGCCUUUGAAAGGCUGAAAUCCUAAAUAGUGGUACCAUAGUAUUUGGUGCUUCUAAAAGAGUGGAGAGGGGCAGCUCAUUGUUGAGAGUUGCAUGCUGCAACCUAAUGGUCAGCAAUGAAAUAAAUACUUCUAGAAUGUUCACUUCAAUGUGAAGUUUUGUUAUCUAGUUAACUUAUAUACACAUAUCCUUUGUAGAUACAUUUCUGUCUAAUCUUGGUAGGCUAAUUAAGAAAGAAGGGAUGGGGUAAAUGUCAACAAAGAAACAAGAAAGUGAUUUAAGAUCAGAGUAGCAGAAAGAUGAGAGAACAAGACUAUCACAGUAUGGCUCCUGGUUUUCUUUCUUUAUAAGAGGCAGUGGGAAGAUCUGACUAGAUGAAAUGCAUCAGUAACCAAACUGGCAUUUAAAAUAGAAUGGGAUAAAUAGUGUAUGGGGUUAUUGGAGGCACAUUAAGAAUGGACACCUAGUCUAUUUUGGGAAGGAGUAUGGUAAGAGAAGACUUUGUAGAGAAGGAGAAUAGGGCAUUAGAGGGAGAGUCAAUGGCAUGUGCAAAGGCAUAGAUAAAGAGAGCAAAGCAUAUUUUGGAAAUGUAACGGCUUGGUUCAGCUUAGCCCAUAGGGCAAGCAUAGACAACAGAGACUUGAGGAAUGAUAACUAGAUUGGUACACCAUCAUAAAAGGACUUGUCUAUCAUGCUAAGGAGGUUAGACUAUCUUAAUGGCAGUGGCAAAGGAUGGCAUCAGAUUUAUAGUUCAAGUGAUCAUUUUGACCUUCGCAUAAAAGAUAUAUUAGGGAGGGAUAAGCCUAGAAGUAGAUAGAUGAAAAUAAGGAGCCAUCAAAGGCAGAAUGAAGCUUAGGCAGAUUUCAAGUGAUUUUCAAGAAAGAUGUGAUCAGAGGUACCAGAUACUAUUACAUAACACUUUCUUUGUUUGUUAGGAGCUUAUUUCUCACACUGACCAAACCUUUUGAAGUAAGUACUCUUCAUACCGCUAUAUAAAUACACUUUACAAAGGAUUCUGCUUUGAGGCAUGACAGAGUUAAGUAAUUUGCCCAAAGUCACAGAGUUAGAAAGUAAUAGAGCUAAGAUCCUUAGGUAGUUUGGCUCCAGAGUCUGUACUCUUAACCACUGUACCACCACCAAGAGGUCAAAUAAAAUGAGUACCAAAAAAUGUAUUUUUGAAUUUAACAACCAGGAACUUAAUCAUACAGGCAGAAGUAAUUCCAGAGCACUGGGGACAGAAGCCAGAUUGCCAUAUGGGUUAAAGAGUGUGUAAACCACUAGGAAGUGAAGACACAGAACUACUGUCUCAAGUGUUUUUCUGGUUAUUAUGACACUGAACUUCAUGGCUUGUUUUAAUUAAGACAUCUUACAAAUGUCAAAAUUUAGAAAUAUUUGGACAUUGUACACACUCUGGUUAUUUAAAUGUCUAACAAUGGUUCUUAAGCAUUUUGAGAAACCUUUAAAAAUCUGAUGAAAGGUAUGUGCCAUUACUCCAGAAAAAUGCUCCUGUGUACAUGCACACCAAGUACCACAUACUGUUUCCAGCUGUUCAAGGACUACAAAGUCUGUUCGUGACCUAGUGGUCCAUGUUUCCUCAGUUAAAAGCUCCAGAGAUACAGGAUGUGGUAACUCAAAGGUAAGUACCCAGAGCCUUGAAAACUCCAGUUAUGGUGACUUGGAAGAAUUCUAUAAUUUGAAUUAACUUUGUGGAGAGAUGUAUUUUUGAAAAAUUGUAUGUACCCAAAAAAAUUCAUAUCAAAUAAUAUUUUCCUGUAGUGUAUUCAAGGAUCUGAUUCCACAGAAAAAUAUUGUUUUGGUUUCAGUUUCUCAAAAUCACAUUUAAGGAGCUUGAGAUUUAUGUUUUCCACUUAAUAAGUCUUACAAAAGCUAGUUAAGGAAAAUAGAUAAUCAUUUCUGCACACAUAAGAUUUAGUAAAAGAUGUAUAAUAAAACAUCUCAUUUCUUAAAUUUCCACCUUGUUGGUAGCUUUCAUGACGAAGGGCUCGGGUAUUAGUGGCUGUACAAUUAAGGUUUUUGGUAGUGAAGUUAGCAGAACUAGUAGAUUCCUACCUGGUGGGUUUUUUUCCUCCAGUUAGCUCAGCAGGAAGGUAAAUAGCAGUCAUUGUGUGUGUGACAAAUUUUGAGAUAGAAUGAGCAAAUUGAAUCUCAUGUCCUAUUCAUAUUACUGUCAGGCAGGGUUCACCUAAGAGUAUAAAACUAUCUCAAGCAAUUUAGUCACUCAGUCCUCAAAAAGUUGAUUUCAAGUACUGUAACAAUUCAUGUUUAGAUUAGAAAAAUCACUAGAAAUUUGCCUUCUGUAUAGUAAUCUAUACUUUUUUCUCUCAUUUCCUGAGUACUAAGUAUUAGGCAUUUUACAGGUAUAACUACAAUUCUUAGAAGCAUUUUCUGUGCUUGCCCAAGGUCACAUAGCUAGCAGGGUAAAGCAGAUUGAAAUCCAGGCCUGCUAGACACCAAAUUAUUAUUUAAGAAUACUUUUCACUACUCCUAAAUAAUGACACAGAUAUGUUUGUCUUAUGCACUUCACUUGUACUGUCAAGUUAUUAGUAUGUUUAUUUUGAAAAGUGUUUUUUACAAUUUAUUAUUUCAGUAACUUUUAAAUUCAUUACCUCUUCUUCCUUUAUUCUUUUUAAAUAGUUUUUGCUUUUGUUAUUUUGUUUUCCCUUUUUUAUUCUUGGCUUGUAAUACAGCUUUCCUUAUUUGCUCCUUUCUCAUUUGAUCUCAAUAUUAAUCGAACCGUUUCUACAUCUGAUUCACUAAAAUUUUAGCCAUUAAAAAAAAAUCCCAUUUUUUCUAUGUCCUUUUGCCCAUUCUCUUCUCUUUGCCUCACUUCUUUUUUUUUUCCAUUUUGCUUUCAUUUUUUGUUUCCCUAGAUGUUGUUUUUACAUAUAAGUUAAUGUACUGCUGCAAUUUUGCAUCUAUAGAUUAGAGCUUCAGAAUCAACUGAGUGUAUUCUUUAUUUUUAGGUCUAAAUUUAUAUUACCUUUUACUGAUUUUAUAAUAUACUGUGCUCUUUCAUUUUAGUCUGCACAUUAGCCAAAGAAGAUAGGCGUAUUUUAAGAAAUCUGUUUGUAAAAAAUGUCAAGCAUGGCAAGAAUUCUUCAAGAAAUAAGCUCCUCUAAUUUGUCUUCUAUGUUUAGAGUUUCAACAGUUAAUUUUAUUACUGGUAACUCCCCAAUAUACCUUCAAACUUGUGUUUUGGGCCCAAGUUUUUCUGCUUCUUAUAUAUCUGUUUUUGACUAUCCCAUAAAUACUUAAUUGCAUCUAAAAUAUAUUGCCUCCACUCCAUUGCUCUCAAAGAUAAAACCAAAUCUGUGCUGCUUACUAUAUUUCCAAUAUUUAGGCAUCACUUGCUAUUCCUUUAUCUGAGCUACAUGUCGUGAAUUGUAUUAGACUCCUCUGUUUUCUUCUUUCACCUCUAACUAGACUGUUGACCAAAAUCUUUUUUAUAUAACUUUCAAAAGGUAUUUCAUUUCUUACAUCAUUUCCAUCCUUUAUGUUUUGGGUUUAAGCACUCAUUAACUUUAAGAAGGAUUCUUGCAGUACCCUCCCUACUGAUUUUGUUACACGUCCCUCUUUUAUGUCAGUACUACCAUGAUAAUACCAUGGAUAAUUUUUUAAAUGCGAAUCAUACUGCAUUUUCUUUAGAAUAAAAGAUCAAAUACUCCAGUUUGCCAUUCGCAGUCUGGCCCCAUUGUACCAUUCUAGACCCAUCUCCUGCCACUCCCCACCACUCUUACUUUGUUUCAGCCCACACUAAAUAAGCUAGUUCUCAACCAGUCAAACACUUUACCUUGUGCCUUGGCUCACUGUAUGCCUUUUCUCCAGAAUAUCUUUUUGUAUACUUCUCUCCCAUCCUUUUCCCUUUAAACCUGUUGCUAUGGCUUGGAUGUUCUUUGGCCCCUCCAAAACUCAUGUUAUAAUUUGAUUGCCAAUGUAAUAGUAGGAGAUGGUACUUUUAAGAGGUAAUUAGGUUGCUAAGAUGGACUAACAUCUUCACACUGAGACUGGGUUAGUUCUUAUGGGUAUGGUUAGUUCUCAAGAGAGUGAAUUGCUAUAAAACAAUGCUGCCUCUUCUAUUUUGCACUUUUUGCGUGCACAUACUCGGUCCUCUUCUGUUUCUCUACCAUGUUUUGAUGCAGCAUGAGGCAAUCAUGAGAAGCCACCCAAUACAGCUGCCUGAUCCUGAACUUUCCAGCCUACAGAACCAUGUGCUAAAUAAAAUUCUUUUUAAUAAGUUA